GGGACCUCUGUGCGAGGUCCUGAUCAUGUGAUCACUGAUUGGCCAAUCAGUGAUCACAUGCAAAGUAGUAAGCAAGAUGUCACUUGUGACAUCAUUGCUUACUACGUGUGAAAUCUGUGAAUGAUCACAGAGGUCACAUCGUACAAGGCUAUUCACAAAAGCCUUGUACAUGUGACAGGAUGUGACCAAUCACAGCUCACUCAGUUCUUCUCAAUGAGUGCAUGAAUGCACACAGAGAGAAAGAGAAAUGAUUGCUU